AUGACUCAUUGGAAUGCCACUAUAAUUGGUCCUGGCCAUUCAACGCACGAGAAUAGGAUCUAUACGCUGUCUGUGGAGUGCGGCAAUGGCUACCCGGCAACUCCGCCAAUUCUGCGCUUUAUCAGCAAAGUCAAUUUACCUUUUGUCUCAAACACAGGCAGUAUUGAUACUUCCAAGUUCACAACGCUAAAUAAAUGGAAUGACGCUACAACUAUCGAAAAGAUUCUCGUGGAUUUGAGAAGGGAAAUGGCUGCACCUGAUAAUAGAAAGCUACAGCAACCAAAGGAAGGCGAGUACUUCUAA